UAUUUCCUCCCCGUAUCAAGCUUCCCAGCCAUUUCGAACCUCGAACCUCGAACCUCGGAGUUCAGGAGCCUCGGAGUCUAGGAGAUGAUCAGGGCGGGAGUCUAGGAGUUUAAGUGGGGCACAGCUAUCAUCCUUCCAUCAUGGAUCGUUGACGGAGGUUGAUAAAGCGCGCCCUCGGAAAAGAAAUAUAAUAGUCACCCCACCACGCUUCUUUCUUGACUUUAGCUCUUGUGCACCUUCGCAACAAAGUCCAAAACUCAACUGGCUUUCUCUAGACUCGGACAGCCUUCGAAACAAUAAAUACCUGGCUUCUUCGUAUUUCAAAUCAAGUUUUCUUUUGUGGAGAAUGGCACCUUCCAUCCCCAAAACCUCCCGCGCCGUCGUCCUCGAAGCCGCAAACGCGCCAUGGACGAUCAAAGAAGUCGAAACCCCAGCACCGAAGGAUGGAGAGGUCCUGAUCAAGGUCCUCGCGUGCGGGGUCUGCCAAUCCGACAUCUCGGUGCAGCAAGGCCAUUUUGGGCCAAUGGUCAACUUCCCCAUAACCCCCGGCCACGAAGUCAUCGGCAAGGUCGUUGCCCUCGGCUCCGGCGUCACAAAGUUCAAAAUCGGCGACAAAGUCGGCGGUCCAUGGCACGGCGGCCACGACGGGACGUGUAAAGCGUGUAACCGGGGUUUGUUCCAGAUGUGCGAUAACGAGGCUGUGAAUGGUGUUACGCGGAAUGGGGGAUACGCCGAGUAUUGCACCCUCCGAACAGAGGCCGUCGUCCGCAUCCCCGACAGUGCCGACGCCGCAACCUACGCGCCCCUCCUCUGCGCCGGCAUCACCGUCUUCAAUUCCAUCCGGCGCAUGAACAUCGCUGCCGGCGACAUGGUCGCGAUCCAGGGACUCGGCGGGCUGGGGCAUCUGGCUCUCCAGUACUCUCGUAAAAUGGGCUACCGCACCGUCGCGCUCUCGUCGUCGGCCGCGAAGAAGGAUUUCGCGCUCCAGCUGGGCGCGAACGAGUAUAUCGACACGAGUAAGGAGGAUGCGGCGGAGGCGCUGCAGAAGCUGGGAGGCGCGGCGUGUGUGGUUGUCACGGCGCCGAAUCCGAAGGUGAUUAGUGGGCUCGUAGGUGGUUGUGCGGCGGGUGGGAAGGUUGUUGUUUUGACGCCUGUUGGAGAGGUCCCGGUCAAUACGGUGACUAUGAUCAUGAAAGGCAUCUCGGUGCAUGGCUGGCCUUCUGGCCACGCGCUGGAUUCCGAGGAAGCAAUUGCGUUUGCUGAGAACCAGGGGGUUGAGUGUAUGGUUGAGAAGUUUCCAUUUGACAAGGUGGAGGAUGCCGUCGAGAGGGUUACGAGUGGGAAGGUUAGGUUUAGGAGUGUGCUUGUUAUGGAGGAGUAGAUUGAGACAUGCGCAUGGGAGAAGAUGAGAUGGGAGUGAAAGAUGGGUU